CUGAACCUUACCAAGAUUGAGCAGUGCGGAACUGGUGCCGCACUCUGCCAAGUCUUCGAUUCGAUCUUCAUGGAUGUUCCCAUGUCCCGAGUCAAGUUCAAUGUGAACACUGAAUAUGCCUACCUUCAGAACUUCAAGGUUCUUCAGAAUGUCUUCGCGCGCCACCAGGUCAACAAGCCUAUCCCCGUCCAGUCCCUCACCAAGUGCCGCAUGCAGGAUAACCUUGAAUUCAUCCAGUGGGUGAAGAAGUACUGGGACCAGCACUACCCCGGUGGUGAAUACGACUCCGUGGGCCGUCGCAAGGCGUCCGGCGCUCCCGCCUCCGUCGGUGCGGCUCCUACCUCUCGCGCUCCCUCCGCUGGAAGCGCCCGCCGUGGCGUGACCCCUACCACUGCGACUCGUCCCCGUGUCGCUGCUCCCAGCGCCGCAGCCACCUCUGCCCUGACCCAAGAGAUCGCGACCCAGAAGGAGGCCAUUGCUGGACUGGAGAAGGAGCGCGACUUCUACUUCGCCAAGCUCCGUGACAUCGAAUUGCUCUUGCAAACUGCCAUCGAGGCCGAUCCCGAGAUCGAGAAGGAAGAGGAUACCCUUGUCAAGCACAUCCAGGGAAUUCUGUACUCAACCGAGGAUGGCUUUGAGAUCCCUGCUGAGGGAGAGGAGGUUGUGGCCGAUGAACUCGAGACUUUCUAA